AUGGCUCAAAUUCCAUUAACAAGUGUGAAAUUAUUUGAUAAAUUAUUAGAUAAAACAACGAGUCCACUUCUACUUGACGUCGAUCGGAAAUCGAUCGUUGAACUUUGCGAUGUAAUCAAAACACAACAAGUUGAGUCGAAAUAUAUCAUUCAAGCCAUCAAGAGAAAACUUCACCAUGAAAAUCCACAUGUAGUUCUACACACUCUCGAAUGCUUGGAAUCGAUUACGAAAAGCUGUAGUGAUUCAAUCCAUAAAGAAUUGGCACAGAAAGAUUUCAUCGACAAUUUCAAAGAUUUCGCCAAUAAGAAAAGUCCAGAGCGGAUUCGUAAUAAAGUAUUGCAAUUGAUUCAAUGUUGGUCGUUUGAUCUUGGCUCGCAAUACCAACUUUUCACGGAUGCGUAUACUCAGAUGAAGGCGGAAAAUCAUGAUUUUCCAUUGUACAAAGAAAGCGAAGUUAUGUUUAAGACGGAGAACACCGCAUCCGAACGGUGUGGUCAUCGAGAAUGUUUCUGCUGUCAGCAAAUUUUCACAACAGUCGUACCCAAACAUCAUUGUCGCGCAUGCGGAAAUCUUUUUUGUUCGUCGAAACGCUGUACGGUUCCAAAGUUUCAUAAGGAUCGACAAGUGCGAGUUUGUGAAUCAUGUUAUGAAAAGCUCACAACUGAAAUACUGACAUCGGUUUUACCUUCAUCAGCAAAACCUUUACAAAAAAAGAGUCGAGUUGAAACCAGCGAAGAUCUUCAACCUUCUCUGACGAUUUUUCCGAGCGAACUGGAAGAGGAAAAAAAGCGGCAAAAGAACGAUGCAAGUGAAAAUGGUAUCAUAGUCAAUGAGCCAGAGAAUCUUUCACUAAAACAAUUCGACGAUGACGAUGAAAUCGACCAAUUUACAAGUCUUGCGAUCGAACAUAUUAACAAUUUCAAAUUGCGCAUGUUGAGCAAUCAACAACGCAAUCGGAAUAUUUCGACUGACACUGCUGUACAAUCAGCUUUUGUCGUUCUGCAACAUUUGCAUCCUGAAUUGUGCCGUUUCAUGAAAUUACUCGAUGAUAAACGAACUUGUUACGAAAAUUUGCAAGAUAAAUUAACUCAAUUGAAAGACGCUCGAGAAGCAUUGAACGCGUUACGAAACGAUCACUACGAAAAAAAACAACAAGAGGCAUUUGAACGCAACCGACAACGCCAAUUACAAUUAACCCAGGCGCUUGACUUCAUGAAGCGAAAGAAACAAGAAUAUCUUGAAUAUCAGCAGCAACUUUAUCUUCAACGUUUAGCUCAACAAGAAUUGGAAAUGCACAAUCGUCUUGAACAACAACGACAACUCGCACUAGCGCGUGAACAACACUCUCAUUCGUUUGUUUCAUACAAUUCUAUGCAGAUCCAUCCAUCAGAUGUACAAACGUCAUCAUUCGUUGUUAAUCGGUCUUACACAAAACAUUUCCAUACAAAUAAUCAUUAUAUUCAUCCCACUGGACAAAUACCAUUAACUAAUUCGACUACACCAUAUAUUCAUCAUUGUCAACAGUCACACAACGCUCCGAUAGGAGAUCCAAACAAUCAUGAUCCACACUUGAUUAUGUUUAAUUGA